AUGGCAGAUGCUGUGCUAUCUUUCGCAAUUGAAAACCUUGGUGAUUUUCUUGUUCGCCAGGUUAACAUACGCAUAGGAGUUAGAGAUGAUAUAAGAUGGCUCAAAGAUGAAUUGGGCUUCCUCCAGGCUUCUGUCGAAAGAGCAGAAUCAAGGCAAGAAGAGAAACUCAUCGGUCUAUGGCUAAACACUGUCAGAGAAGUUGCCAAUGAAGCUGUGGAUAUCCUGAAGAGGUUUCAGGAUGGACAAGCCAGUCUGGAACAAGGUCAUAUGGAUAGAUUUCUCAACUGUAUUUGCAUCUGCAAGAAAGAAGCUCAGCUUUAUGACAUUGGCAACAAUAUCGAGUCACUCAAGACAAGGAUCGGUGUGAUCAAGGAGAGGCGACUUGAGUAUGGCAUCGACAAUAUUCUAGCCGGUCCAGACAUGAAGCAGAAAGAGAGAACCUUAAUAAGAACAAGCGCCAUUGAUAAACAUGUGGAUGUCGUUGGUUUUAAGGAGGAUAUUGACAAGUUGAUGGAAGAACUUAAUAGCCAGGAUCCGGCUCUUAAAAUUAUUUCCAUUCACGGAAUGGGGGGAUUAGGCAAGACUUCACUUGCCACCAAGUUGUACAACUCUCACGAGUUGAAAAAUUUUGGCACCCGUGCUAAAGUUUGUGUCUCCAACGAUUAUAACAUCAAAGAUGUCCUUAAGAGGAUAAUAAUGUCUUUCAAGGGACCUGAGGAAGACCAACUUAUAUCAAACAUGGAUGAGCAUCGGUUGCUGCACUACUUGUCAGAAUUACUGAAAGAGCAAGGGUGCUAUCUGGCACUUAUUGAUGAUAUAUGGGAUAUAAACGCUUGGAACCAGAUCAAGACCUCAUUUCCAAACCAGGACAACGGUAGUAGGAUCAUCAUUACCACGAGAAACAAGAAAGUCGCAGAGACUGUGGAUAAGAAUGGUUUAGCCUAUCAACUUCGUUUUUUGAGGGAAGAGGAAAGCUGGGAAUUGUUCUGCAAGACAGCAGAACCAACCCAGAAUUUGGAGAACUUGGGAAGGGAGAUGGUUGGUAAAUGUGGAGGUUUACCACUUGCAAUUGUGAUACUGGGCGGACUUUUAUUUCACAACAAAAGCUACGACUAUUGGUCAAAGGUGAAGCAGCAUAUCUGGCGAAACUUGAGGGAUGACUCCGUGGAUAUUGUAGAAAUACUUAGCUUGAGUUAUAAAGACUUGUCUCCCCACCUGAAAGAUUGUUUUCUCUACCUUGCAAGAUUCCCAGAAGACGCUGUUAUUGAAGUCGAACGUUUGAAGCAUUUAUGGAUUGCAGAGGAAUUCAUAUCAGAAGAUAAAGAAGGAGAUGGAGUACUCAUGGAAGAUUUGGCCGAGGAUUGUCUGAACGAGCUAAUUAAUCGCAACUUGAUUCAGAUUCAGUCGUUGCUAGUGAAUGGGAAAGUUGGCAGAUGCCGGGUCCAUGAUCUUGUGCGUGAACUUGCCAUAAAAACAGCAAAGGAGCAGAAGUUGUUGGUUAUUUUUGAUUCAAGUAAACACCAACCAAAUCUCAUCCAUUUAUUGAAAGGACAACGGCGUCAUGCUAUCUUCGAUGGAAUUGGUGAGUACUUGAAAUUACUUGAGCAGCGUAGAUUUGAUGCUUUAUAUUUGCAUUCGCUACUGAUGCUAGGUUAUAAUGUGAAAGCGGAAUUAAAAGAAAUGAAAUUGAUGUACACGAGAUUUAAAAAUCUCAAAGUGCUAGAUAUGUCAAGUGUACAAGCAGAGUGGAUACCAGAAGAAAUAGGUGACUUGGUUCUCUUGAAGUUCUUAGGCUUAAUGGGUUCUCACCGUGGAACAUUAGCAAUGCCAGCAAGUAUAGGCAAGCUGAAAAAGUUACAAUCUUUAUGGGGUGGGAGCGAUGGCAGUUAUUACACAGUUCCCAGAGAGAUGUGGGAGCUGCCUGAGUUGAGGCAUUUGUACUAUUUAUUCAUUGAAAUUAGCGGGAGGUUGAAUAUAGGUAGCCACCAAACAGAACUCCAUUCUUUGAUAGGAAUACAAAUGAGGGAAUGGGUAAAGAUUGAUACAUCCAAUUUCAGUAACCUCCGUACAUUACAUAUUCUAAAUAUUGAUGGAGAUUACUCGUUGAAAUCACUUGUCAAUUUCACUAACCUCCGUACAUUACAUAUGCUAAAUAUUAAUGAAGAAAGUUACUCACUGGAAUCACUUUCGUCUUUGAAUCUUCUCAAGAGCGUCUACUUAGUGGGUCCUAUAAAAGAAUUACGUUUUCUGCCAGAUUCAGUCAUGGAUUUAACCCUAUGUUAUAGUCACUUAAAGGAAGAUCCAAUGCCUAGCCUGGGAAAUUUACCGAAUCUUACGGCUCUUGAGUUGGAUGGAAGAGUGUACCUUGGAAAUAAAAUGGUAUGCAGUCAAAAUGCGUUUCGGAUUCUUCAAAUUUUAAGACUGAGAAGAGUGAAGCAUCUGGAAGAAUUGCAAGUUGAGGACGGAGCAUUCCCUUGCCUCAAAAGUUUUCAAGCAGUUGACUGUAAAGAGCUGAAGAAGAUUCCUGUCCAACUAGAACGUUUCUUGACCGAAUCCGGAAAAAGUGAGAUGGAUGGUUCGUCUCUUAUUUUAAAUGUCUGGCUUCGAUAUUGGUAAUUUGUUUCUAUUUAAUUUGAAGUAUUUCAAUUCCAUUUGUGUCGAUUAAAGUUUAGACUUGUACUAUAUAAGAUGCACUUACUUUUUUCCUAUCAAGAUUUCAUUAUUUUCUUCAA